ACUUUGUCCUGGGGAAUGCCCAGGUCCAGUCUCUCUACCCGAUUGUGUACUGCUCCGACGGGUUCUGUGACCUAACAGGCUACGCCCGUGCGGAAUUGAUGCAAAAGAGUUGUGCAUGUCACUUCUUGUAUGGGCCUGAGACCAGUGACCAGCUGACAGCUCAGAUCCAGGGGGCACUGGAUGAUCGCAGGGAGUUCAAGAUGGAGCUAAUUUUCUACAAGAAGGGAGGUGCCGAGUUCUGGUGUUUGCUGGAUAUCGUGCCCAUCAAGAAUGAGAAGGGGGAGGUGGUGCUUUUCCUGGUCUCCCACAAGGACAUCACGGACAACAAGAGGGACCAGGACUCUGUGCAGGGUCCCGAGAUCGAUGAAGAGACGGGCCUGGAGGUGCACAGAGUCACACGGCCCCCGGGGUUCAAUGCCAACCGGCGCCGUAGCCGGGCAGUGCUUUACCAUCUGUCGGGGCACCUGCAGAAGCAGGACAAGAGCAAGCUCAAGCUGAAUAAUAAUAUGUUUGGGGAGAAGCCCCCCAUUCCUGAGUACAAGGUGGCAGCUAUUCAGAAAUCCCGAUUCAUCCUGUUGCACUAUGGCACUUUCAAGGCGGGCUGGGAUUGGUUAAUUCUACUAGCCACCUUCUACGUGGCUGUCACUGUACCGUACAACGUGUGCUUCACUGCUGUCGGUGGGCGGGACGAGGGAAGCUCCGCCUCCCGAAGUCCCCCAAGCGUCAGUGACAUCCUGGUGGAAAUUCUCUUCAUUUUGGAUAUCGUGCUGAACUUCCGCACCACCUACGUGAGCACGUCAGGCCAGGUGGUGUAUGAUGCCCGUUCCAUCUGUGUGCACUAUGCUACCACCUGGCUGUUCGUCGACCUGAUCGCCGCCCUGCCGUUUGACCUGCUGUACGCCUUCAACGUGAGCGUGUACUUUGGCGUGCAUCUCCUGAAGACGGUGCGCCUGCUGCGGCUGCUGCGGCUGCUGCAGAAGCUGGAGCGCUACUCCCAGUACAGUGCUGUGGUGCUGACGCUGCUCAUGUCCAUGUUCGCCCUGCUCGCCCACUGGAUGGCCUGCGUCUGGUACUUCAUCGGCCGUCGUGAGAUAGAGAGCAACAUCCCGGGCACGUGGGAUAUCGGUUGGCUGCAUGAGCUUGCUAAGAGGCUGGGCACACCCUACUUUCUGUCUCACUUGAGCACGCUGCUUGGAGUUUCUGACCCGCCGCACUCCACGAGUGCACUUGGGCUGGCAGCCAAUGGCAGUCACUGGAAUGCCACCGGGGUGGAGUCAGGGGGUCAGGACUCCUGGAAUGCCAGCCAAUGGAAUGCCACAGGUGCAGGGAUGCCAGGUCAGACGUCGACGGCAGCCAUGGGUCACUGGAACCGAACAGGGGUGGAGCUGAGCGGCGGCCCGUCAGUGCGCAGCUCCUAUGUGACCUCGCUGUACUUCGCCUUGAGCAGCCUGACCAGCGUGGGCUUCGGCAAUGUGUCUGCCAACACGGACUCUGAGAAGAUCUUCUCCAUCUGUACCAUGCUUAUCGGGGCGCUGAUGCACGCUGUGGUCUUUGGCAACGUAACGGCCAUCAUCCAGCGCAUGUACUCGCGCCGUUCGCUCUACCACACGCGCACCAAGGACCUGAAGGACUUCAUUCGCGUGCAUCGGCUGCCCAAGGCCCUGGAGCAGCGCAUGCUGGAGUGCUUCCAGACCACCUGGUCUGUCAACAACGGCAUUGAUGUCGGAGAGUUGCUGAAGGACUUCCCAGAUGAGCUGCGCGCCGACAUUGCCAUGCACCUCAACAAGGAGCUGCUGCAACUGCCGUUGUUUGAGUCAGCCAGCAGGGGGUGCCUGCGCUCCCUGUCCCUCAUCAUCAAGACAUCAUUCUGUGCACCAGGGGAGUUCCUCAUCCGCCAAGGAGAUGCACUGCAGGCCAUCUACUUUGUCUGCUCUGGUUCCAUGGAGGUGCUGAAGGACAACACAGUGCUGGCUAUCCUGGGCAAGGGCGACCUGAUUGGCUCCGACUCGCUGAUGAAGGAGCAGGUGAUAAAGACCAACGCCAAUGUGAAGGCGCUCACCUACUGCGACCUGCAGUACAUCAGCCUGAGGGGGCUGCGCGAGGUGCUGCGCCUGUAUCCUGAAUACGCCCAGAAGUUUGUCAGUGAGAUCCAGCACGACCUCACCUACAACCUGCGCGAGGGCCACGGGGCCGACGUGGACUGGGAGAGCAACGGCGGGUUAGUGAAGAAGCUGCCCUCCAUCCAGGAGGACGAAGAGGGCGAUGAAGCUGAGCGCUCCCCCUGUCCGCGGGCCCCUCGCUCCCCGCUGCGCCUCGCCCGCGGACUCAGCUCACCCCUGCGCUCCCCGCUGCUGCCGCCCCGCCCAUUCCGCGAACAGGCCAAGAGCAACACCCUGCAGAUCCCCCUGGUCAGCCUCGCUAGUGCCCCCCCAGAGCUCAGCCCCCGAUUUGUGGAUGGCAUCGAAACAGAAGGCAAUCCCAGCUCAGCGCAGAAGUUCGAGUUCAGCACCAGCCUGGCCCAGAGCAGACCCGCUUCCCCUGCUCCAGAGAGCCAGGAGCACGUGGAAACUCGGCAGAGCAUCAGUAAGCUCAGUCAAGAGAUGGGAAGUCUUUCCCAACAGGUGUCUAAGCUCAGCCUGGAACUGCAGGAAAUGACACGUCUCCUGAGGCCCCUCCUCCUCCUCAGCUCCCAGCCCAUCCUGUCAGCCCUGACGCCCGCUAUGACUCCGCCUCCCAGCAGUGCCAGUGCACCUUCGGUCGGAAGCCCCCCCGUGGCCCCACCCCCAGCCCCGCCCUGCUCGCCACGGCCAGCGUCCUGCUCUCUGAUGGACAGACUGGAGACCGGUGGGGCAGACCUGCCAGGCUGCCUGGUGCCCUCCACCGCGCCUCAGAAAGCCGCCCUGCAGGCACAUGUGCCCCUGCUUGGCUGCUCCGAGUGCCUCCCUCCCUCCACUUCAGCAUCGUCUGGAGAAGAAACCUCUGGGGGGGAGUCUUCUCUUACUGGACAUGGACAUCAGGAAGAGAGACCCACAGCCUCCCGGACCACCUCGCCCUCUCUCUCCUUCUCCUUGUCAAUCGCCUCAUCUCCCUCCCCAUCCCUGUCCCUCUCCCCCCGCCAGGACCGCCACCUCUCCCAUCUGAGUGGCAGGGUCUUUCACCCCUCUCUGGCAUCCCAGGACUCGACCCUGGCCCACAUCAGCCACUGCUCUGCCCCCCCAUCCCUCAACAGCUCUCCCGGCAACCACCGGCAGCGGGUCAGCCCCACCUCCUCAUUUUCCACACCUGUGAUCCCACCCCCUCCUUGCACCCCGCCAUCCUGCCCCCACCCCUCCCCCCUUUCCCCCAGCUCACUGGACUCUCUCAAAGAGGCGCAGGCUGCUGUCAGCUCGUUCUGGCCUCAGAAACCCGGAAGUGGCGUGCAGGGCCCCCCCAGCCGGGAAGCCAGUUGCCUGGCCAUGGAGAUGCAGGAGUGGGGGACUCAGACGGAACACAUCAGCUUCAUUGACGAGGAGGGCCCACCCUAAGGAGGCAGUGGCACCGAUGGAGAAAGAUGAGUUGAGCAGCAGAGUUGAGCAGAAGCUCAAGUCAUCCAGAGGAACAUCUACCAUCACAUCAGAGAUCCUCUGAAGACCCCUCUCCAGGGCUUUCACAUGCCAGGAAGGGCAUCACCUGUCGCCGUCCCAUUUCUCUCUCCUUAAUCGGUGGUGGCAUCACAGCAGAGCCGGGGAUGGGCUUCCCUUGUUCCUGACCGGAUGCUGGCUCCUCCGAUUACACCCACCAGCGGGCACCAACACGAGCCACUGCACCCUCAGUCGUGGUUCGACCCCUGGGGAGAGCAUUUCUGCUGUGAGCUAUGAGGGCAGCACAGUAGGGUGUGAAGGGAAAAGUAACCUUAGCAGCUGAUGUACAACCUUAACUACAAUUCUGGUUUCAAAGAAGCAACAACAAUUAGACAGCUUUGGUCUAGGGCUGGUGCCAAGUUUUCAGACAUACCUGUAGGGUCAGUCAACAAACAGCCAAGACUCCAAUCCUCAUUCCAGUAGCUACUCUUGACCCAAAGAUGUAGAUAUACAGUAGUUGCUUUUUUGAAGCAAUACACACCUUUCGGCAAAUGCAUCACUUUGAUUUUGUACACAUGGUGAGAAACUUGUAUGCUUGGCCACUCUGUGAUGUGGAAACAGUCUCUUCCACCUGUUUUUAAAAGAAGUUACACCUGCUAAAAAAUAUAAGAAACAUCCCUAUGACUUACUGUUUCAGACAAGCUAUGAUCAGGUGCUUUUACACAUUCACCCUACCUAAGCCCACCUGCCAACAAAUUAUGGGAACAAGCCAUCAGGAAAAAAAAGCCCUUUAUAGAAAUGCUUCGGAGAAAGAAAGCAUGUUUGCGAAAAUAUCUAAUUUGAACAUGCGUCAGCACACAAAGCCACUGCCAGUAUGUGUCAGGGCUCCUUGAUUGCACUGGACCCUACAGAACACACCUAGACAAUCAUUAGAACUGUAUUUGCAUCGAAAAAGCUUUUAGAUUGAAAAUGAUAUAAACACCAGCCUACAGCAAGACUUCGGCUUGGGGGAGGUGUGUCAUCCGCGUAUGGGAAGCGAUUAGGUCAGGGGUGGCCAAUCUUAUCCGCAAAGGGCCGGUGUGUAUGCAGGUUUCUGGGAUAACCUGUAGGUCUGCUGUUCAAACCCAGGUGUGAGGACUCUUCAGCCAAUCAGUCCUCUAAUUAGUAAUCUACUUAGGGAGUUGCAGCGAAAACCCGCAUACACACCAGCCCCCCCCCCCCUGGAUUAGGUGAUCAAAUUAGAAUCUGUAUUUGGCCAUAUGGAUCCCAGGCUGUAGCCAUCUUGCCAUUUGUGCCUUCUCUCGUACCACGUAAAACAGCUGAUUUGUGCGACUAACAUAUCAGAACUGCAGCCACUCCUCCAUGUCACAUUAACCUGUACUUACUCAUUGGCGCUUAUCUAGCCGUCAUUAGAGAAUGCGUUUGGUUUCCUCGGUUGCUGUGGAAGCGCCAGUGUGGUCACGGCCAUGGGAGAGGGAGAGUGCGCCACUGUCUCUGCCAAUCAGUGGGCAGGCUGCUUGAAGGAGGCUGAACUUCACUUAAUUACAGGACACCCAGUGCAGGCCAGUAAACAGGGCCUGCAGUCACCCAGCAUCACUGCGUCAGAGAGCUGCCCAGCAGUGAGAAAGCACAGGAUGCAUGUAGCGUCAGAUUGUAGGGGAUGCAUUUCCUGGGUUUAUAAUAAAUACCGUCCAAACAUGGCUUGUUGCAGUUUUGUUCAGUGUGUAGUGUGUGAUGAGUCCAUCCUUGCGUGUGUCGGGGGGGGGAUAUUACGAUUCCGGUUGGGGGUGAUGGUGGAUAGGAGCGUAGGGAUUAUUUGCAUGUCACAGCUUCCUGCAUGUGGAACGUGCCUGCUUGUAACACCAGGGUUAAAGAUGUAUUUUAGUAACAGUUAUGAAGUUUAAAAGAAUCCAUUCAUGAAUAAAGAUAUUUUGUAA